CAUCGAUUCUCCAUUCUCCUCGCCUGGCUUUGGUAUUUUCGAGACGAAUCAUCAUUUGAACAUGCUUUGACAGAGUUCGCCAUGUAGAAAAGCAUGUCGCACCCAAGAUCCCGUCGUUGUUACGCUACCGUUUCCAUCCUGCGUGUUCUUUUGUGGUCUCGCUGUGUGGGACAAUGCGCCCAAACCAUGCAACGGCUUCUGUCUGAUCUCCCGCUGGAAAUCAACUGAACGCGGCCGAGCAGACAAAGGCUUUGUCUUCUCGUCCCCCAUCCACGAACUGUGUUCAAACGCCCAAGCGCAUUCUUCGUCGCCGGACCCAAUCAGAAAGCAUUGAACAUGGUCCAUGCUGGGCGAGGCUCUUCGACAGCGCCGAUUGCAAGUCUUCAUUCUUUGUACGUUGUCGGGCGAACGCUUGCAGCCACCACUGCCCAGGUCACAAGCCCUCAGAAGGUAAUAAAGGCGUGGUGCUAGACCUCUACCUGCGUCCCCUCGAAGCCUUGACUUUCUUCUCGUAGUUAUCCAUUGAUCCUGUCCUUGGAGUGAUUGCUCAAGCAGAUGGUUGACCGAAGCGCUGAAGAGGCACCAAUUCAGCCAGUUUCACGGUUUUCGACCUCGACAUCCCUCAGAAUGUCCAACGCUUCUCACGUUCACCCGUCCGUCGUGCCGAUGCCACGGUGGUCAAACGCAAUUGGCUGCGCGAGAGCGGUGAUCGCGAUUCUGGUGCUGGCUUUUACUGCCGCAAGCACCGGCAUUUGGGGCGGGUUUCCUGCCUUUGGUAUUGCGUUGUUCACUGCAUCAGCAACGUUGAUCGUCUUCGCAUACUAUUUCGUGGCCCUUUCUCGCAAGCCAGCACUCUACAACCGCUGGGCCAUUCUCGCUCUCGAGGUCUGUGGUACCCUGUUUUGGCUGGUCAGCUUUGCCCUGUUAGCAAGGUGGACGAGCUUCUACCAUCGUUUCUGGUAUGGCCACGGACCAAGUUACGGCUUCUGGCACGCUCCGUUCAGGCCUUCGGACAUGGGACUUAUCCCAAGGAGCAUUGUCAAGAGAGCUUCCAGCAGCAGACGAGCAGGCGUGGCCCUCGCAGGAACUGCUGCUGGGCUCGGCGGUCUGGAGUUCAUUCUCUUUUGCGUUACCUUGACGGUUUUCGGAAUGGCUCUUCAUCGCCAGAGAGUGGCCGAAGCCGGUCAAGCGGGAACAACGACUGCGACGACUGCAGCCCCAGUAACUGCACCUAUCCCCACGACAGAAGAGGAAAAGGGGGGAGAGGCGAAACUAGACAAGCCCGAGCCGGUUGUUGUUUGAGUAUAGAUACUUAAAUCCGGAGGGAAAAGACUAGAAGCUCCGUCGGGAGUUAUUUGGGAGAGACGAGCGUGGAGAUGGGUCUGGUUGGUAAUUUGGUAGCUCACGAGAAAAUCCAGGUGGAAGACAGUGAUAUGCCCUUGGUAGCAAAUGCAUUUCAAUCCC